GGGCGGCCUAGGUCAGGUUCCCUAGGGAGCGCUACGGGCUCAUUGGCUGGCUACUCGGGGCGGGAUUCCCGAACGCGCGCGCCGAAGCGGUGGCCAUGGAGGGAGAAGGAGCGGGCUUCCGGAAGGAGCUGGUGAGCAAACUGCUGCACCUGCACUUCAAGGAUGCCAAGACCAAAGUCAGUGGGGAUGCACUGCAGCUUAUGGUGGAAUUGCUGAAGAUCUUCGUUGUGGAAGCAGCUGUCCGUGGGGUCCGGCAGGCCCAAGCAGAGGAUGUGGCCCUUGUGGAUGUGGAUCAACUGGAGAAGGUGCUCCCUCAGCUGCUCCUGGACUUCUAGGGAUCCAGAAGCCACCCCACUCGGAGCAGGCCUCUUGUCUCCUGUGGCCUCUGGUUUCAGACAGGGAAGAAGAGCCUGAGAGGUCUGGAGCAGGUUCAAACCAGAGUUGAACCACAUUGGGAAGAUUGUCCUCCAGCCUUCUCAGGAUGCUGUCAUUUGGCCAGAGUUGCUGCAGGACACAGACAGUAGAAGGUCUUGAGGACAGGCCCAUAGGGAUGGUGCCUAGGGUCCCUACCUCUCAUCUCUGGGGAAAUUGUACCUGCUGGGAGGGGUCCCUGGGAAGCAGGUGCUGGUGAAGGGCUGGCAGGUAGCCUGCAUGUUUGCUAUCUCCUCCACAUUCCUUCCACCCAACAACAAAGCUGGCUUGUAACUUUCAGUCAUCUGAUACUCCUCUAAGAGGCUUCCCUGAGCUAUAAAUUUGUUCUCACAAAGCAGCAUCAAUAAAUCAAAACAAUCUUCCAG